UCCUGCCGCAGGGUUACCUGUAGCCGUUGGUACUUUGGGGGGAAACUGAGGACCCUCGAAGCACCGCACCCCUCUCCAGGACUCGCCGCCUCCUCCACUAGUACCCCAAGGUGACCCCGCGGCCGCUCUGAUAGCGAAGGGAGCCCGAGGCGGAGGACCCGACCUGGGACAAGAUGAAGCUGAUUAUCCUGGAACACUAUUCACAGGCCAGUGAGUGGGCUGCCAAGUACAUUAGGAACCGCAUCAUCCAGUUUAACCCUGGGCCUGACAAAUACUUCACCAUGGGGCUCCCCACCGGGAGCACUCCACUUGGUUGCUACAAGAAGCUGAUUGAGUACUAUAAGAAUGGGGACCUGUCCUUUAAGUACGUGAAAACCUUCAACAUGGACGAGUAUGUGGGUCUUCCUCGAGAGCACCCAGAGAGCUACCACUCCUUCAUGUGGAAUAAUUUCUUCAAGCACAUUGACAUCCGCCCUGAAAACACCCACAUACUGGAUGGGAAUGCAGCUGACCUGCAGGUCGAGUGUGAUGCCUUUGAGGAGAAGAUCCGGGCUGCAGGCGGGAUUGAGCUCUUCGUUGGAGGCAUCGGCCCAGACGGACACGUUGCUUUCAAUGAGCCAGGUUCCAGUCUGGUGUCCAGGACCCGUGUGAAGACUCUGGCCAUGGACACCAUCCUGGCUAAUGCUAGAUUCUUUGAUGGCGAUCUUGCCAAGGUGCCCACCAUGGCCCUGACGGUGGGUGUAGGCACUGUGAUGGAUGCUAGAGAGGUGAUGAUCCUCAUCACAGGCGCUCACAAGGCUUUUGCUCUGUACAAGGCCAUCGAGGAAGGUGUGAACCAUAUGUGGACUGUGUCCGCCUUCCAGCAGCAUCCCCGCACCGUGUUUGUAUGUGACGAGGAUGCCACCUUGGAGCUAAAAGUAAAGACAGUCAAGUAUUUCAAAGGUUUAAUGCUUGUUCAUAACAAGUUGGUGGACCCCCUGUACAGUAUCAAGGAGAAGGAAAUUGAGAAAAGCCAGGCUGCUAAGAAGCCAUACAGCGACUAGCCUGUGCCAAGACAUUUGAGUACCUCGGAGACAGGAAGGUCUUUCUGGAAAUUGUCUAUAAAAGAGUAGAAUUACUUUGCUUCAGUUCACUGUGGUUGCUGCAGACCCUUGGCUAGGCAUGUACUGACUGUGGAGAACAUUGAGUUUAGCUAUGGAGAACAGUGUUUAUAACUUUUACCUUUCUUUUUCAUUCAGUACUGGGGUUUGAACCUAUGGCCUUGCCACAUGUCAGGCAAGUGCUCUACUGAGCUAUAUCUCCAACCUUCUGCCCCUUUUCAUGAUUUGAUUUUUGUGUAACAAUAGAGAAGAUCUCCGUCAUUGACUGUAAUCACACCCAAAUGAGGACUCUUGGCUCUCCUUCCGUCCUGAUACACAUGGCCAGCACACUCCCACUGAGAAGUCCAUCUGUAUGUGCACUUGCUCUUUAGUGGGCAGGGGUUAGUUAGGGCUUGUGCACUUUGGACACAAUUUUUUUGGAGUCUUGAGGGCCCCUCUUUUGCAGGUGUACCCAUUGAGAUCAUUGUUCUUGAACACACUUCCAGAAGCUGAAUUGUGCACAAGGAACCAAGUCUGUAGGGAUGUCUGUACUUGCUAUCAACAGCUAGCCUUCCUAUAAACAGGUUUUCUGGUUAGGUUUUGGCACAAGAGGGGGUGUAGAGGCUAAGGUGGCUUCCACAGAUAAACUCAGUUUCCAAAAGCCAACCAUGUCUUGCUCUCUCUCCAAGAUUCCAUCAGGAGAAAGGUGGAAACCCUUUCCCCCCCAGACUCAUGUUUUUUUCAAAGGGUUCUUAUACACUCCCUAGUAAUGUGGUAGACAUGGCCGUGAUUUCAGUGUUGUUUACCCAUGAUGGAAAGCUGGCACCUCCACACACAUGUGCUUCACUCUCCUGCAUCAUCAGAGCUGAGUGACAAGAUUAUACACACAUUAGUAUUGUCACCGUGCUUAAACCACCCUGUCUUUCCCACCACUCAGGUUUGCGAGGUGUCCUCUGGUGGUCUCAGAGCAUCAGAAAUACAACCCUUUGCCCACUUGUCCUUCAGGCCCCCAUCCCAGGCUCCUCUGCUAGGCCUGUGUUUAUCUUCUCCAGCCUCUGUGGAGUGGUCACUGCCUCCUCCUGUCUUUGUGCCUGUCUGAAGCGACAGUUUCCUUUUCCCAGGAGAGGUUUUUCAGAUCCUGGCCCAGGCUCCUCUAGAAGUACUGUGCUUAGUUCCAGCAUUUUUGUUUAGUUUUUAUAUGUGAUUGUGCUGUUCUUUGUUAAGCUAAUUAAUCAAUAGACAUGUUUACAAUGUGAUGUUUUCUAUUAAAUCUAAUAUUUUCAAACAA